AUGGCUAACCAAUACGUUCCUGCACUCCCUUUUGACGGAACCGAACCCUCAAUACCCCUUGUAUCUUCCAAAGUUCUUACCCCUACAAUCCGCCCUUACUGCACUACCACUCCCGAUGCUGAGCGUAUGACUUCAGUCAUUGUUCAAGUUUCUCCCAUUACCGUGAACAAUGAAGCGUUCAAACCGGAACGCCUUCUAGAUAGCAUCAAGACUCACUUGACCGACCCAAAAGAUGCUUACCGGAAAUGGUAUGCGAGGCUCCUUCCACAUUUUGAAAAUCAAUGGAAAGCCCAAGGGAUCGAUAAAGCUAUUCUCCUUUCGACGCAACCCCUCUACCUCCAUGACAAGGUUUUGAUGGCCAUGGCGGCUUUUUGGCAUUCGCAAACAGGUGCCUUUUUCCUCCCUUCAGGUCCAAUGGGUCCAACCCUAAUGGAUGUAGCAGUGAUCGCGCAUUUUCCGAUCACUGGAGAGGACCCCGUUCUGGUUUCUCUCGGGAAUCAAGAACUUCCCCCCAACCAUCAAGGUUGGGCUCUGGCCAAACUGCCUGAAAGAGAAAGAGGGUGGACAUACUUUGUCAAUAAAUAUCAGGGUAAGGAGGAUACCCCUGUUUCCGAGUUGGAACAUACUGCUUUCCUCCUCUUCUGGCUCUGCAGAUAUAUCAUUCUCUCCCCUUCUAAACUUGUCCUUUCAACUCAUAUUGACCUAGCCAUUUAUCUAGCAUGUGGUCAUUUCUGUUCUUUAGGUACCUUAUUUCUAGCCAACCUCUUUGAAGGUUUAUCCGAUUAA